AUGCCGGUGGUGUCGUCCUCGGACAGACCGUGCUCGAGCGCGAGCCGCGUCACGGGCGAAACGGACGUGCACGCGGCGAAGUGGAUUAAACUCGUGCGGCUAGAUUACGUCGACCCGACCGGCGCGGCGAGAACCUGGGACGCGGUGCGACGAACGACGACGACGAAAGAAGCGGAAGCGGACGCGGUGUGCGUGUUCGCGACCUUACGAGGCGGUGAUGCGAAGGAGGAUGAGGUGCUCUUAGUGAGACAGUUUCGACCGGCGUGCGGGACGGAGACGAUCGAGUUGCCGGCGGGACUGAUCGAUGACGGCGAAAAGGCCGAGACGAGCGCGCUGAGAGAAUUACACGAGGAGUGUGGGUACGUCGGGCGAGUGACGAACGUGACGCCGGCGGUCGUGCUGUCGCCCGGGUUGUCGGACGAAUCGGUGGUCUUGGUGACCGUGGACGUCGAUUUGGACGCGGCGGAAAACGCGAAUCCGUCGCAGCGAUUGGAGGGCUCGGAGUUUAUCACGGUGAUUCGAUGUCCAAAGAAGGAUUUGUUGCGAACGCUCGAUGAGUUCAGCGCGCAAGGGAUCAAAGUCUUCGCUGGAUUGUACACGCUAGCUUGGGCGCUCGAAAACGCGAAGAAUUUGCAAUGA